GGAGGCGUGCGGCCUGGCGGGCGUGUAACGGCCGUUGGUGGACCUGACGAGCGGAGUUGUUCGCUCGUUCGCUCGCUGGCUCGCGGGAGACGUGGUGGCCGCAGUCAGUACCUCAGAGUGAGGGAUUCCGCCCGUAUAACUUGUGAUGUCCAUGCAAGAGAAAUACCCAAGUGAGAGGUCCUCUCAUGCCACUUCACCAGGUCCCAGUGUGCUUCAGAAAGGCAGUUCUCUGGGCACUGAAUGGCAGACACCAGUUAUCUCAGAUGCCUUUCGGAACCAUUACAGCCGUUGCUCAAGUGUAGCUGACAGUGGGGACACAGCCAUUGGCACAUCGUGCUCAGACAUUGCAGAGGAUUUUUGCAGCUCAAAUGGCAGCCCUUCUUUCCAGCCUAUCAAAAGCCACAUAACCAUCCCAACAGCCCAUGUGAUGCCUUCUACUUUGGGAGCCUCUCCUGCCAAGCCAAAUUCUACAUCUGCUGGAUCCUCUUCCUCCAAACUCCCUUUAUCAGGCUUGGGUGAAAGUGUGGGGAUGACAAGAAAUGGGGAUUUUGGUUCAGUGAAACGUUCUCCGGGCCUAUCAAGAGAUCUCAUGUAUCUCUCUGGUGCCACUGGAGAAAAUGGGAUUCAGCAGUCCUGGUUUCCAGCAGUGGGCCAUGAGAGAGAGGAAGAGAUGAGAAAAUUUGAUAUUCCUAACAUGGAGUCUACCCUCAAUCAGUCAGCCGUAGAGACACUAUAUUCAGAUCCUCACUACCGAGUUCAUUUCCAUAACCCAAGAUCUGAUACAAACAAAGAGUUGUAUAAAGUAUUGCCUGAGUCCAAGAAGGCACCAGGCAGUGGGGCAGUAUUUGAGCGGAAUGGACCACAUGGAAGCAGCAGUGGGGUGCUCCCUUUGGGACUCCAGCCUGCUCCUGGGCUCUCCAAGCCUUUAUCCUCCCAGGUGUGGCAACCAAACCCUGACCCUUGGCAUCCCCGAGAACAGUCCUGUGAACUUAGUACAUGUCGGCAACAGUUGGAAUUGAUUCGUUUACAGAUGGAACAAAUGCAGCUUCAGAAUGGAGCCAUCUGCCACCAUCCUGCUGCUUUUUCUCCUUUACUGCCCCCCUUAGAGCCAGCACAGUGGAUCAGCAUGUUGAGUACUAAUGAACACCUUCUGAAGGAAAAGGAGCUCCUCAUUGACAAGCAGAGGAAACAUAUCUCUCAACUGGAGCAGAAAGUACGAGAGAGUGAACUACAAGUGCAUAGUGCUCUUUUAGGCCGCCCUGCCCCCUUUGGGGAUGUCUGCUUGUUGAGGCUACAGGAAUUGCAGCGGGAGAACACUUUCUUACGUGCACAGUUUGCACAGAAGACAGAAGCCUUGAGCAAAGAAAAGAUGGAGCUUGAAAAGAAACUCUCUGCUUCAGAAGUCGAAAUUCAGCUCAUCAGGGAAUCUCUCAAAGUGACACUGCAGAAGCAUUCAGAGGAGGCGAAGAAACAGGAAGAAAGGGUCAAAGGUCGUGAUAAACAUAUCAAUAAUCUGAAAAAGAAAUGUCAGAAAGAAUCAGAACAGAACCGAGAGAAGCAGCAGCGUAUCGAGACCUUGGAGCGAUAUCUAGCUGACUUGCCUACCCUGGAAGACCAUCAGAAGCAGAGCCAGCAGCUUCAGGAUGCUGAGUUGAAGAGCACAGAUCUGCAAGAGAGAGUGACUGAGCUGGAGAGUUUGCUGGAGGAGACCCAGGCUACCUGCAGAGAGAGGGAGAUUCAACUUGAAAGCUUAAGAGAGAGAGAAACAGAAUUCAUCUCUGCUAGACAUAGCCUGCAAGAUAAGCAGUCUGUGGAGGAAGCCAGUGGAGAAGAUCUCAAAGUAGAAACAGAGUCCAGGCAGAAGGAAUGUGAUUCUCUCCGAAAGAUUGUGGAGAAGCAACAGCAGAAGAUGGAGCAGUUGCACUCACAAGUACAGAGCCUAAAGCAAGAAGUGGCUCAAGAGGAAGGAACAAGCCAGGCCUUGAGAGAGGAGGCCCAGCGGAGGGAAACAGCCCUGCAGCAGUUGCGCACAGCCGUGAAGGAGCUCUCAGUGCAAAACCAGGACCUGAUUGAAAAGAAUUUGACACUGCAGGAACACCUGCGCCAAGUCCAGCCAGGGUUGCCAUCUUCACCAGACACAGCUCAACUGGCAUUUGAGCUGCACCAAGAGUUAGCCAGUUGCCUUCAAGAUCUUCAGGCUGUCUGCAGCAUUGUGACCCAGAGGGCCCAGGGCCAUGACCCCAAUCUCUCCCUGCUCCUGGGCAUUCACUCCACACAACACCCAGGGACUCAGCUAGAUUUACAGAAGCCAGAUGUCAUCAGGAGGAAGAUAGAAGAGGUUCAACAGCUUCGGCAUGACAUUGAAGACUUAAGGACCAGCCUGUCGGACAGAUAUGCCCAAGACAUGGGAGAAAACUGUGCUACACAGUGAGGGACACCAGGGAGAGCCUGGGCUGCUAUUCAUCUAGCCAGAAGGUUCCUAUCCUGACAGUUCCGCCUUCUGCUGUUCCCAGAGGAGAGGUGGGGAAAGCCCCUGCAUCAGGGGGCCAGACCUGAUAAGGGAAGCCUACCUGCUUUGCUUCACACCGACUUUGCCCUCUUAGGUUUCUUCUGUUAUCUUAAUUCACUCUUACAGGGUGAGUUACCAAUUAACUUGUUUGCAGGUUCAACUGAUAAGUCCUUACAAACUGUUCCCAGCCCUAACCUGGCAUGAAAGGCAAACAGGCUGCUUACCUCCCUUCUCCAUCUUCCUGGAUGGUUCCACAUUCAUUCCCACUCCAUACCUUGGUCCUGCUGAUACCCAGAACCCGCUGGAGGGGCCUAGGAAGGCUGAGUAGGAGUAACAAUUGCCUUUUGAGAAUUCUUAGGCUGUGUGUGCCAAUCUUCCUGGGAAGUAAGCUAGCUUUCUGGGUUUUCUCAGGUUCAGUCCCCUUCCCUCCCCCUCCCUUGCUUCCUCAGGGCUCUUGUUCUGUCUCACAGAAGCCUCAGGGUAAUCUUACUAGCAAAGUACCCACUAGGGUUGGGGGCUUAAGGACUAUAGCAGGGCUCAUUGUCUGCCUACCACACCAUCUUUUACAGGAGAGCCCACUCCUGAGCUUCCCUGUGUCCCUGGAGCUCUGGGCAUGUGCUUGGCAUAGCCUCUUUCUCAGGCUUUGUUCUCUGGCCUUCCAGGUAGCCCCAUUUUGAUGCCUUGAAUGCAGACUCUGCUCUGUGGUUCUGGGUUUGGGCAGUGUUCACCCUCAGGCCACAGGACAAUUAUAAAGCUGCUCACCCCAUCCCCAGGGCUGGGACUUGUGCCGGCCUUCUGGUUUGUGUCUGUCUUGUUUGGGGUUGGGGGUGUUUUCCCUUUCCUUGCCUCCUCGUGAGCGAGUACCCAACAUGGGUCAGCUCAAACAUAAAGUGUUCUGUGUUUCCUGGGGUCUUGUUUCUCUGGGGCCUUCUCUGCUUUCUGGUUUUUGCCUCCUGGUUUAGGGAGCAUCUCACAAUUGUUAGUUUCUGGUUAUUGGGCCAGCCCCAAGCCUCCUCAGUCCAGAGCCAGGCCAAUUAGGGGCCAUGUGUGUAUAUGAGGAGCAAAAGCAGCUCAGGGGUACAGAGGCAGCCUUGACAAUGACUUGCUAAGCUCUGGGCUGUUAUUAUCCUGGGCUUCACUCUAGGGCUUGAAUGAGCCUCCUUAAGUGUUUUUACAGUUUGUGUUUCAGUUGUGGAGUGACUUACCCCUUCCAUUCAGAGCAGCCCCACCCAUUUGGCCACCCCCUCAGCCUCUGGGCUCUUGCCUCCUGAAAGCAGAGCUGCCCAGUUGGUCUCCACCCAGUGUUGGGAGUCCAGCCACACUGCUCACGGGUGUUUUUCCUCGUAAAGUUUAUAAGCAGUUAUUUAUAUGAAUCUUUUGUUAUGUCAACCAGUUUGUAUUGCCUAUUUUGAUUACAGAAUAAAAUAUUUAACAGAU